AUGUGGCUCCUAGAAAAUGAAGGUGAAGCCCUCGAGGGUAAACGGCUUUGGCUGCGACCAGGAAAACGAUAUCUCUUUGGUAGAACAGUCGCUGAACCCGGACAGCUUGCUAUCAGGGGAGAAGGAGCAGAAAGAGUAUCGCGAAAGCAUGUCACUAUACAAGUCGACGAAGUAACCGAAGGAGAUGGGGAAAAUGUAUCGAGUCGUUCACGCAUCACAGUGGAAGACCUAGGUUCUAAAGGUGGAACGCGAAUAAAUGAUGAAAAGAUAAAAGGCGAAACGCGUGUUCUUUCACGAGAUGUCAAUACCCUCCAAAUGGGCACGUUCCCGCCUAAGUUCCGCAUUACUUGGUUUCCUGUUGCCCUGAGCUUCUCCUUUACUGCAAAUCAGCUCCGAGCAGACCCUCUCUCUAAGCUUCGAGAAGACCUAGAACAACUUGAUGUCAAAUUUCUUGCCCACUAUGACGUCCAGUCGACGACCCACGUUGUAUCGAAAAAGAGGAAUGUGCCAAAGGGCCUACAGGCCCUGGUAAACGGUCGAUACCUCGUUACCGAAGGGUUCUACAGUGCUAUUAUCACUGCUGCGACACCUGGAAAUGGCAGCGAUGGUGCGACAGCGAGUGCACUAGAAAGCGAUUUCGACGCAAACUGGCCUGAUGCUAUGCAAUAUAUCCCGCCUCCAGGAGAUGAAGCAGUGCCAAGACCGGUCGAAGCCUUUGCCCCCAAUACUGAUCGUGCCGAGAUAUUCUAUGGUUAUACAUUCAUAUUUUACAAUAGGAAGCAAUACGAUAACCUUCUAGAACCUAUAACAAACGGGAGGGGCAAGGCACUAUUUAACGAAGUAGUCGAAGGAGAAACACAGAUAGACGACUUCAUUAGGUAUGUCAAAGGAGUAGCAGGAGAGAAGGGUAUGGGAGAGUUUAAGGAUGGAAGCGAGGGCAAAGGUGUUGUCGUGGUCAGAUGGAUUCCCAGUCCUCCUCAGAAUGCCGAUUGGUUCGCCGAUUUCUACAGAUCAGUCUCUCUGAGACUGGAUCAUCGACUUAUCGAUCAGAAGGAUUUCCUUGAUGCGAUCCUUAACAAUGAUGCCAGUAUUCUACGGCGGCCUCUCGAAGCUGAAGCGGAGCCGCAGACGUCACAAAUUGAACCGCAGCGCUCGGAUGGACAAGCCAUGGAUGUAGACGAAGAUGAGCCCUCGGCCCAGCCGCAAAAACAGCCCCUUCGAAGGCGGGCGAGAGGGGCUGUGAAAAGUCGUUUUAAGGGGUUUGGUGUAGAUUUAGAGGAUGAUGAUACACCAGAAGUCAUUCCGACUACCUUGACGCCCUCAGCAGGAGACGUUGAGCCGUCACAAGAAGGUCUUUUCGUAUCACAAGAUGUUGCUUCACAAGAACCAGAACAGACAGUUCGUUCAACCCGACAGUCGCAACGAAAGCGCCGCACCCCGCCACUCGAGCCCCAAGAUACGAUAGACUACUUUGCACCUACGGCUGCUCAGGUAAAGCGCCGUCGCAUCGCUGCAGGAGAAGAUCCGGUUCCCCGCAAGCCAACGCCGGAAGAACCCGUGAUAGAAUCGCAGAAGCUCAAGGCCAGGGCACCAAAGAUCAAGAAAGAGAUAGAUAUCCUUAACAUAGCGCGACAGCAUAGAGAGGAGGCUGAAGCUCGUGCAAAGGCAGAGAGGGAAGAACUCGCCACGGCACCAGAGGGCCUUGACUUGGCAGAAAUCCGGCGCUUGCAUAUUGAGGAGCCCAUGGAACUGCGCCAAGUACCUCCUAUACGAACCAGAGAUCAAGACAUAGCCGACGGUCGCUGGGAUCCCGCAUGGAACGGGCGAAAGAAUUUCAAGAAAUUCCAAUCUCGGGUAGGUCCCCGAGGGCGGGCGCCACAGAGGAUUAUUGUAGCACUUGAAGAAGUCAAGUCAAAAGGUUUCGGCAUCGGUGAUGACUACUGGCUUGAGGACGAAAGCCAGCAGCGGAGACGAGAGAAGCAAAGUCAGACACAUAGUCAGAGUCAAAGUACGGGUGAGAGAGAGGAUCGACAGACCAUCAAUACGCCGGCAAAGAAAGCUGGAAACCAGAGACAGAAGCUAUCUACGGAGGUUCUCCCCCCAGUAGACAGUAGUGAAGAUGAUGACUACGGCAUGGACGGCGAAAGUGAGGAGGCUGUCAUCGCCCCUCCAUCGAGGACACGCACGAAUAAGCUGUCGCAACAGACUUCGCAGUCGCAAUCGCUUAGAUCAACGCCACAGAGCACAGCUCAGAAGACGCAAUCAUUGAGAACAUCUAAGCGUGCAGCUCCACCUCCCGCCAAAGAGCAGCCAGCGAAGAGGUCUCGAAUAGGAUUUGUUGCUGCUAGUGAUGAUGAGAGCGAUGAUGGAUUGCGGUUCAGGUUUGGGAAGAGAUGA